AUGAUGGCAGGCAGAGGUGAAGCACACGUACGAUCUUCAAGCUAUGAUCGAGAUGCUGGAAGAACAACAUGGAGUCCAACGUACCAACGUAUAUUUCGUGAAUUCUAUCCAGAUAGCUCUUGGAAGGAAAUGGAAAAGGAAGCACAACUUGUAUCAUCUCCCGAACAGCAUGCUGAAAGACCGGAAAGAUGGGAGCGUCAGCAAUCUUCUCAGAGCGCUGAUAGCCGAUCACCAAAACGUGUGCUGAUCAACGAUGAGGAGGCCAAAAGUGAGCUGACGAGGAAGACUUCAGAACAACGAUUCUCAGAACUAAGCACUCCGUCAAAUAUGGAGGAUAUGCUCGUCGAUAGCGAUGUGAUCACAUUCGUAAGAGACGUGUUGAGAAACGAAUUUCCCGACGGAAGUUUGAACUUUGAUGGGAGUCAGGAUCAACCGGUCGAAACUGUUUUCAGGAAGACGUUGAGAUUCAAUGGAAAACAUAAGACAGUUUAUGUACAUCUACGGAACCACGUGAGUACUACGACUGGUGCUGGUGUUGUCAAAAACAUUGGCAGCAACUCGCAGUCGACUUCUCUUUCAUCACCCACAACGGUAAUGUCUCCUCAAAGUGACCGAGUGGGCGAUUCUGGAGCUCAUACAAAGGCAUCGUCAUGGUCAGGACCUCACGUUCCAACCCCUGUUCCUUCCGUAAUCUCUACCAAUACGUUCCACAGAAGUUUUUCCACAAGUCCGAAGCGUGACGGCCCUUACAAAGCAGAAUCCCAGAAACUAAACGAGCCCUAUACAGAAACGCUCGAAAGCCCAGCUGAGAUCUUGGAGAGGAAGCUCACAAGGAAGGAGCUUUUAGAUCGAUCAGAACUACUGGCUCUGAAACGAAUCCACUGUAAUCAAGUUGAAGAUGAUGAAGAAGAACUCGAUCGGUUAUUACGUUUUCCAAGGAGAGAUGUACGGCGAAUACAGAUUCUACGUGACAGAAUAACUGACCGCUAUAAAACCUAUGAAGAAAUCCUCGAGAUGGCACGUCCUUCUAAAUCUGCUCUACUUGCACAUCGAAUUCUUCUUGCAGACGCAUAUCUUUUCCAUGCAAAAGUUGAACAAAUGAAUCAUAGGUGUCAGAGGAAAUUAUAUCAGCUGGCAGUGGAGAUCUAUAGAGGGCUACUGAAUCUGGCAAGAGAAUGUCUUCCUGCUGAUGAUGCUUCACUUCUUACACUUGCUGAGCGAAUCUCUUCAAUACUAAGUGAAAGCCGCUCUCUUCAACCCGAUCUUAUUGUUGAAAUCACAUCAAUACUUGACGACGCUGAAAAGAGUCUCAACGAGAAGCCUGAAACGGAGUCAAGACGUAAAAUCCGGAGAGCCAGACAGAAUCUAGGAACACUGGGUGCCUUUUAUUACGCAUAUCUGUAA